GCCAUGCUUGCAUAAUCAGCCCUUACAGUUUGAUUGAACCUCGACUCGCGACUUCGACACGACUCGCUGCGGCUGCGGCGAUGUAGUAGGCAAACAUGUGUUUUGUGUUGUACCACUCAUUGAAAUUCAUGUAUGGUGGCGCUGCUAUUAUUGACCGACAAUGUUUUCAAGGCAGUCUGCUUCGACUUCGUUCGUGGUUUUAUCUUCGAUAUCAAAACAAACAAUCAGAGGAAUAAUUUGACUGGAAUAGAUUGUCAUAGAGAAUUGCAAAGACGAUGCUGCCAUGAUUUCGAUGAUAAUGUAUGAUUAUUUCACAGUGGGAAAAGUGUUUUCAACUUUGUUUUGAAGAGAGGAUGAUUUGUUUUGUUGAACAAAUAUUUAUGAGCAACUUCAACGAGUGUGUGUUGUUUGAUUCACCGUUGUCAAAUACAUAAUUGAUCAGCGUAUUCUUGGAGAAACAAGUUGUACCAACCUCUAGUUCUAACUUGUUAGUACUACUUAAGUUCUAGACUAGCUAGUUUGAUGUGAUUCUAUUGAUGGACAUGAUGGAUGACUGACAUUUGAAACUAAAAUUUAGUUUAGUCUAGGACUAGGAGUAGAACUAAGUCUAAGACUAGGAUUAUUAGGAUAGGAAUCGACUCAACUGUGGUUUAAAAAAUAACUGAAAGUGAAACUGUUAAGAGUAAAAAAAAAAAAAAAUAACAUUGGAUCCAGUUAUUCAUCAACAACAAGCUUUUGAAUAGGCAAGGCCCAGGUCAGGGUCUAGCUGGACAGAAUUCUCUAGAUUAUUAUUCUUAAGUUAUGAAUGAAGAAUGAAAUUUGAUGGAACUGUAACUUUCAUAGAAGCUAAAAGUCUGAUCUAUGAUAGAGUUUCAUCUUUUAGUUUUAGAGAAUAGAGGACUCGGCUAAAGAAACAUUCCAUUAUGAGCGGAGAGGAGAAAGAAAUGGAGGUGGACAAUGCUCCUGUUUCCAAGGAAGGCCUGCCUCGUGGAGAGGAGGAGGUACUAGGAUCAGGAAGCAAAGAUAUCGUGAUGGACCAAACCAAUGUUCACAGUGGAGGUGAUCAUGGAGCACCUGUUGAAAUCAAAGUUGCCAAAAAGAGCCCCAAGAAGAGUAAAGGGGAGUCCAAAAAUUCAGUCAAGAAAGUUAAGAAAGGCAUUUUCAUCUCGUACUCGCCUGAUGGAGGAUUCUUAGAACGAUUAUUCGUGUGCAGUGCUGUUAAGCAGUUCAAGGAAAAUAACCUGGAUGAGGAUAUUUGGUUUGAUAAGGAUGAGCACAACACUGACAGUCCGGCAUGGUUUGCACAUCGUAUGGAAGCCGUUGAAAAGUGCAGAGCUGCCGUAUGCUUCUUGACAGAAUGCUAUUUUCAAUGCCCGGUAUCCAUCUAUGAACUGCGUUGCCUGCUGGAGAGACAGAACUCAAGCAAUCCACCAAAGGUUUUCGCGGUACUCUGUGAAAGUAUGGACAUUCCAAAGCAAUACCGUUCCUUACUACGCGAUCUUGUCAACCUCUCGAAUAAAAGCAGUACCAGUAUCGCAGAGAGAGCCUCGAGGGUUAUAGGAUCUCUCAUGCUCAAGCUAGAACCCUACAUCAGCAUCAAUGCUCCUUAUACUCCCGCGACACACAAUGGAGAGUUCACCAAGGAGUACAAAGACAAGAAGCUUUGCAGAUGGAGCAGCAACGAUCUCCAGAGUUGGCUCCACGACCUUGGCAUUAAGGAAUUCUACUGCCAGAGCUUCGCAGAGAUGGACAUUGAUGGAUUCCUGCUCAUGUCGCUCAUGGAUCAAGACAUGCAGGAGCGGCUAGGGGUAGACAGCAGGGUCGUACGCAGGAAGAUCCUGCAGCACAUAGUGGCCAUCCUGGAGAAGGAACACAAGCUAGGAGAUAACUGGCACCUGAGAGCUCGCACGCAGCGCCCCAAAGCAGACACCAUCUACAUCAUCUAUGACCCGGCGGAUGUCAAGCUUGCCCAUAACCUCAAACAGGAUCUGAAAAGAAAAAGCCUUACAGUAACGAGCCAUGAGAAACUAGGAAGCUCACGAGACGAGUUCCUUCAGAUCAAUGGUCCAACCCUUGCUGCAGCCAAGCACAUCCUGGUGCUCAUGACCGACGCAUCGAGCGUCUCGCCCUUCGUCUUCCAUGAGGUCCUCUUUGCUGACUGGCUCGGCAAGAACCUGGUGACGGCCAUGUUCAAGAACUCCUGGGACAAACUCAGACCUGCUCUCAAGGCUGUCCUAGGAGAGUGCAGUGCGAUUGACUUUGAGACCAAGAUGUACACCGAGGCCAUGGAUAUCUUAGAACACCAGAUAAAGCCCCUCAAGAGGGUCCCGGGUGUGGUACUAGAACAGAGCUAUCUGAAUCGUAUGAUGGAAGGUCUCAAACCACUCCAAGUCCUAGGAACAACCUCACAUUUAUCAUGGAAUGCAAGUAGUAAUGUGAUUGAGCCUAGAGUCUUCAUCUCUUAUCAAUGGGAUGCUCAUAACAAGGUCCAGGACAUCAAGCGAAUCUUAGAAAGCAACGGCAUCCCUUGCUGGGCGGAGUCCAUCCCCACCAUGUCUCAAGACACCCGCGGCUCCAGCGGGGGUAGUCACCGCACCGUGGGGUCCGGUCAGCAGUCAUCUGGCUCCCACAACCCCCUGGCCACUCACGAGUCCGCGCAAGACCACAUCCACCGCAACAUGCGCUCGUCCGCGAUCAUCGUAUCAUGCAUCACGUCGCGCUACCUCCAGUCGGAUAACUGCGUGAAGGAUCUGAUCCUGGCCGACUCACUCCGUCGCCCGAUCAUCCCGGUCAUGUUGCGGUUUGUUCCGUGGCCGCCCGAUUGCGGGAUGUCGGCGGUGAAGAAGAUCCUUGCCCGAACCAACCCGGUCGACUUUAGCAACGAGAAACUCUACAAGCAGAACUUCCAUCUCUUACUGGAAAGGGUAAGAAAACACUUGCAGAAUAUUAGAAUGUAAGAAGUAAACCAUUCAUUAGAUAAAAUGCUUUGACAAUCACAGAUAUUAGAAGUUGUAUGUACAAGGUACAUGUACAUGUUCAGUUGCUGCUAAACUUCGAAUUAGCAGAGAUUUGAUGUCAAGAUUGCGUUGAGUUUUUCAAGAUAGUGUAAUGAGUACACUCAGUAGAAUUUUUACCCUGUCUUAUAUCAGGCGGAUAUAUAAAUAACAUUUUGCAAUCACCUGAAUGUAAUGAUAUUUUGGAGAAAUCAUACAUAAUGGGUCUUUAGAAAAAAAAUUGUCUAUUUGACAUUUCUUUUUAACACCAACAAAAAUCUUUGUUUUGAAAGCUUAAUUGCAUUAAAAAAAUUCAAGAAAUGACAUACAUGAAACUGAAAUGUGUGAUGCAGGAAUAUAAAUGUGAUGAAACUAUGAUGAGCGGGGAAUAAAAUUUGAAUAUGAUUCUGGAUGUACAUGUAGUAUCUGUUCAAUUCAGCAGUAACCAAGCACAUGUAUUACUAGUGAUGAGCAAUUAUUUUCACUCUUAUUCCAAAGAUUAUUUUGUAAAAAUUAAUAGGUGAAAAAAGAUGUACCAGUAGCGUUGUGUUUAUAAGAUUAACGUUUGGUAUAAAUGUGGAUAUUAACUGUGUUUAGUAGAUGCAAUCCAGUUAAUUCUAGUAUGAUCAUCCCUUAAAUGAGAAUUCAAUUUUGAGCCAGCAAAGUUUACAUACACAAUAUGCACCUACAAUGUAGUAGUCUAAAUAAUUAGUAUUGGGCAUCACGCUACACAUAAUAUUCUACUGUACAUGUUUCUAUGUGCACAACUAUCUCUCUCUAAACUAUAUUCUACAGUACAUGUUGUAUAUCUCACCAGUUACAUCUAGUUUAGUUUAGUUUGGAUAAGUUUCUUGUCGUCAACAGCUCUCCAGAUUAUGCUAAGAUCACUGAAUUUUUCGACAAGUUUUAUGCAAAUUAUGUGAAACAUCAUCUUAGCUAUUAAGGAGUUGAGAAUUGUGCAAUUUGUUUAUUUGUGCUCUGUUUUUUUUUUGUUUCUUUGUUUUUACAAUGUGUGCUGUGCCUGAUCCUAGGGACAUAUUAUAGCAGGCCUUAAAUUUCAACAUUUUUAGGGCAACUAUGAAAAGAAAUUCAAGAUUUUGAGUAU